AUGCAUAGCACAGGCAAGUCAAUGACAUUAAAUUCGUACUACUCGUGCUGUGGCACUGUGGCAGCCAUGCCGGCGCCAGGGUUUGCAGUGAGCUCUGCUGUACAGUCAGACCACAGAAGCGCGGUCUCCUCACCCGCCAUUUCGGUUAGCUCGGCGUCAAACCCCCCUGGAAGUAAUUCGGCCAACUUUUCGAAAGCGUCAUCUUCCUACAAGUCGCACUUUGGCGACUCUUCCACCGGCACUGUGCCCCUGCACUCUGCCUGUGCGACCACAGAUCAGAAGGUAAUCAGCCACGGUUGCUCUGGUGGGGUUCCGUCGAGGAUUUCACUCUCCGGGAGUGCUGGGGUCUUGGCGGCCUCAUUCGAGUUUGUUGGCUCGCCGGUGUCUGCGCCUGGGAGUGGCGUCAUCGGCGCUGGCACUGACUUACACAGGAACUCGUCGUCUACUGGCAACAGCUCACAGACAGUAAGCAACACGUCAGUUGAUAAGUUUACCUCGCCGCCAUCAGUGGUGACCGCGGCGUGGCCGACGCCGGACUCCGCGGCGAGCGGGGCGGCCUGCAGCGGCGUGGCUGCCUCAGAACCCGUGGAGCCCACAUAUGUGACUCGCUCGGUGCACGACGUUGGUGUGCUGCUGCGGGAGUUCUACUCGGGGUCGUCGUCGUCGUCCUCGACGUCCUCGGUUUCCAGUUCGCUUGCGCAGUACGGUGCCCACACCAGCUGCCUCGCUUCUUACUUCACCAGCCCUCAUCUCUCUAAAGCAGGGGAGAACUGCUCUUCUAACCCAAGCGCGACAACACCGCCAGCCGCGCGGACCGUGGAUGAGAGCGCGCUCAGUGAGACUCACAGGUCCACUCUCAUCUCGUUCUCAGGCAACAAGGCCAACGUCGGUGACGGCGAGACGCGCUCUCCCAAAGUGCCAAGCUGCGGCGGCCCUUCCACGUUCUGCGACUCGGCGCUCUCAGCCAAAGAGAACUCGCGUGCAGAUGACGCGGUGGUGGUGCUGCCGAAGAGUCCUCUGCAACGUUUGAAGCAGCGACAGCAGCGCAUCGGCGCCGCGCCACGCCACCCGCAUGCAAACAGCUGCAACUAUGACCCCUCCGCUGAUCAGCUGGGACCUGACAGUCUGCCAAAAAGCCGCAAUAACUCCGCUGGGCAGGAGACGCAUGUUAGCGUCUACGACUCGGACUUCGAGGCACUGCUCUCUAUUCCAGCCUCGCAGGUGCUCCACCGCCCAAGCUCGUCUCUCGGAGUGUCGCGGCUUGUGCUGUGCCGCAAGUUUACCCUCGAGAAUCCCACAAGCUGCUCGAAGGGAGACCUGUGCAAGUUUGUGCACGCCGAUAUCCGCAAAGUCUCCCGGUGUAGCAUCCACGUGAACUACGCAUGGCGCAACCUUUCUCUGUGCACCUACCCGCGACUCCCGGCCGGGGAUGAGGUCACCGUCUUGGCACCGAACGAGCGACCUCCGUCGGAGGUGAUCUCCAGUGAGCGCAUUCUUGUCACGCGCGGCAGCACCAACUGGCGCGAGCACACAGCGCCGCUCUCGCACUGCGCGCACUACUACUUCAACCGCAUGUGCAACCGCGGCAAGCGCUGCAAUUUCAUCCACGCCGUGCACGUGGACCCGAACGUGCAGGGCGACUUCAAGCAUGCGCCUGCGCCGAGGGCAGUGGCGCCGGUUGUGUCCAAGCCACCGGGCUCGACGGCUUUGCGUGCUGCGAGCGGAGCCCAGGCUGUGGCGAGUGAGGGGCAUCAGUCUAGUGCCUACCACGGCGGCGCCGUGCGGAGGUCGCCUGCUGCGAAGCAGCCACCACUGCUACCACCGGUACUACCCAGCGUCGCUAACAAUGUCGCCACCGCCGGCGGUGGAAUUGCGUACUCCUUCACGCCGACUAUCUUUGCCCCGCCGCCGCACGGGUGUAUGACAUACCCACUGCUGAGCCCCACGUUGUCACCGCCGACCGCGAUGGGAGUACCUCAGUCGCCGACCAGCGUAGGAGGAGGCGCACCGUACGUGAUGCUGAUGAAUAGUGCCGGUCAGCAGGUGGGUUGCAGCUACGUUCCUGCCACCUUGAUGACACCAACCUCGCAGCAGUUGGGCAGCACCAACGGCGUCUUCUUCAUUGUACCGACAGCCACUGGAGCUGGUGGGUCGUUGACUGGCAGCGGCGCUCCCAUCAACUGGCCAUUGUACGGAGACUUGGACACAACUGUGUGGAUGCCGCCGUCGCCGUCGUCGCAGCUUUAG